CGUUUCACUCCCCAUUCUUAACUAGCCCCUAAGAGGAAAACGAAACGAAAAAGAACAGAUCACUGGUAAAGCAUUCUGCAAUUGAAUGAUAAAGAAACCUGGUGUUAAUCAACGAGAUAGCAUCCAAAUUAUAUACAAAACAAGGCAUUAUAUCAGACCUGAAGGUGACCUGAGUUAUGGCAGCCAUCUUUCUUCAGAAGGAUGCUCAAGAGCUGUUAAAAAACAAAUAUGUCAUAGUUAUGGGAGGAUCAAUUCAGCGGUCUAUUUACAAAGACUUGAUCAGACUUAUACAAGGGAACACUUUUCUAACAGAUAAUCUUCUGAGAAUGAAGGGUGAAGAUUCCUGUUUACGUGACAAACUAUUAGAUGGGGGGAUGAGAGGAGCUGACAAGAAAGGCAUAGGUUAUAGAGAAGUCAGACAGUACCAGACAGACUUCUAUUUCCUACAGUUUAUCUUCAUGACAAGAUCUUACAAUACUUAUUUAGAGUCAGUUAUAAACAAGUUAGCUUCAGCAGAACAGAAACCAGAUGUUAUCAUUGUUAAUUCAUGUCUCUGGGAUAUCACAAGAUAUGGUAAAACACCCGUACCUGAGUAUAAACAAAAUCUGCAUAAACUUUUCAAAAAGCUGAAAUCUGAUUUACCAGAGUGCCUUGUAAUAUGGAAUACAAAUCCUGCUAUAUCUCAUAACCCUAAGGGAGGAGUUUUUAUACCAGGACUGGAUUACUUGAAGGAUUCUAUGGAGUUGCAUGUCUUAGAGGCUAAUUAUUAUGCCUCAAAAGCUGCCGUGGAAUACGGCCAUGAUGUCAUUGACCUCCAUUAUUUCCUCCGUCAUCAAAUUCAUAGACGUGCAGAAGACGGGAUACAUUGGGAUAUGACAGGACAUCGUAGAAUAACAAACUUAAUCUUGUCACACGUUGCUCAAACAUGGGGUGUAAAAAUGCCAAAGCAUAUUAAAAUACAAAUGGACGAUAAUGGCAAUGAAAUAAAUGAAAACUUACAAUCGAAUAACACGGAAAUUCGGGAGGAAAUUGAAAAAAUCAAAUUUAAAAGUAUUUUUGAUGUUGAGAAGAAAGAACCAGCAAAAAAUAAACAUGAUGAUAUUGUUGUAGUGGAAGUAGCUAAAGAUAAGAACAAACCCAUACCAAAUGCAACAAAACCAGAAACUUUCAAACCAAAGUCAGCUAGAAACAGAAACAAUAAAAGGAAGCGCAGACAAGGACGUCAAUGGCAGAAUGACAGACACAGUCCAGUGCCUACUAUGCAUAAUGAUAAUGUUCAAGUAUUUAACUAUAAUCAUCAGCCACAGAAUGUACAGCAUGCUAAUUUCAACUUCCAGUCGGCCAAUCAGGUACAACAAAAUCCGUUUGUUCCACGCCCUAACCCAUAUCAUAAUCCACCAAUUCCAUCAAAUCAAUUUCAUCAUGCUCAUUCUCAAAACGUGGAUUAUUCACAAGACGAGGAUUAUUCACUAAACGUGGUUCAUUCACAAAAUGUGGUUCGUUCACAAAACAUGGUUCAUUCACAAAACAUGGUUCAUCAACAAAACAUAGUUCGUUCACAAAACAUGGUUCAUCAACAAAACAUAGUUCAUCAACAAAACAUGGUUGGAAAUCCAUUUCAGAAUCAGAACUUGAGGAAUAAUGCAUUUCAACAACAAGACUUCAGAAAUGACAAUUUUCAGAUGUUGAAUUUUGACAAUGGUCAAUGGCAGCCCUAUCAGGAGGAAGAAUUAUCCCAUGAACAUUAUCAAAAUCAUGCAGAACAUAACAGGUUCAAUCCAUAUGGAAGGGAGAGAGGUCCUAUGUAUUAAAUGAUACGAGUGAUUCUCUUUCCUGCAAAAAUCAUGGAAUGAAAUAUCCCUUGGUUACAUGGAGUCAAAUUCUCUAAUGAUAACAUCUUAUACAUGUAUCAUUACUGAUUAUAUUUCAAAUUUUGAAGUUAACUUUUGUACAGUGUAUAUAUCAAUUGUUUUCCAGUUAAAAAUCGGUUUUUUGUUUGUUCACAGUAUAUUAGAAAUGUUCAAAAUGAGAUUUUAAUAAACAAAGCCAAAAGAAAGGGUGAGAAAUUGUUCAUGAUCACAUAUGUAAUCAAUACUACAGAUUCCUGAUUUUAUUGACCCUUAUUGUUGUGAGUUCAAUCUGAUUUAGAGCUUAGGUUUUGCUGUAGUAAUAUUAUAUAAUACAACACUGCACAGAAACCUGUGAAACUAUCUGAAGAACAUUGUGCUUUUGGUAUUUGAAGUGCGAGCACCUGUGUAAGUGUAUCUUUUUGUCUUGAAAUUUGAUGCUCUUUGUUUCUAACAUUCUAUAAGUUCUGCAAAAUAUUCAACACAGUGUAACACCUAGGUUUGUUUUCUGAAAGACACUUUAGGUUUCAAAUCCAGAAAUUCAAUUGAUAAACUUUUUAUUUUAGAAUCAUUAUAAGAAACCUGGUGAUAAUUUACUUGAUGUCCUCAUAUAUGCCUGCACAUAGAUUCAAAUUAUUACUUGUAUGCAUUUUAAAAUUUUCAGACCAAUUGCAAAAUGCAGACAUAUUGUCAUUGAAGACUGCAGUAGAAGUAUUAUUAAUUUCCAUCAUGUGAUUUCUGUAAUACUGUUAUGUGUUUGCCAGUUACAUACUAUGUAUGGUGUAAGAUAAUAUUAAUAAUGUUACAUAUUGAUUAAAUGAAAUAGAUUAAAUUGUUUUACCAAAUUUUCAGGGUAAUAAAAAUAUUUGCAUGAAGAAGUGUUUUUUAUUGUCUUUCUGAAACAAAUUGUGAUGUCAGGACAAAGGUGUACUGUUUUUGGCAUUGACCACAUCAACAAUAUGUUCAAGUUAUAUAAUAAGCUCUAAUCGUUAGUGAAUGAUUUAUGGAACGCAGUUGUAUCAAUAUUGGCUUAACUCAUUUCCCUGUGUAAGUUAUUUGCCUGUUAUAGUUUG